AUAAAGGUUAAGCGAACCAGCAGAGCAAGGUCACUUGAAAGGUUUGCCUUCUCCCACCUACCCGCGCCGUUUUCGUUUUCGUUCUCUUCGUAUCGCCAAAGUGAGACUAAAAAUAACCAUUGAAAAGUGAAAAAAAUAAAUAAAUAAAAUUGUUUUGAAAAACCGCAAAGAAAAACGAUAAUCUAUUUGAGGUUUUAUCCGCUCAAAUGCUGCUGACGCAAGCAGCUGACAUUUAGCAAAAUGUUAAUCGAUAGAAUUUUCGUUGGUGUUUGUAGUGGUACCUUGUGCAUGGAAGAGAAGACGACGGGGGCAAAGCCAAAGCCUGUUUGGAUCGCGAGAGUCAAUGGACUGAUUUUUACACUUUACCGGUUUAUGAUAUUCCAUUAUUGUUGUUUGUGGAACAAAAUAUAAACACAGAGUGCCAUGCCACCCUCGAGACAGCUGAGCAAAGCAACAACAACUGCUUGCACUGCACUGGCGUGAUGGAGAUGGUUGAGAGCAAAUUGUACCAAGCAAAGCUAAAAAAUCACAAAGAGCUAUCCCUACAGGGGCUAUAGUGCCGUGCCAUGCGAUCUAGCCGAUCGAAUGUGAAGCGAGAGAAGGUCAAUCGCGAUCAGUUUACUCGGCGGCUGUGUUAUAGCGACCCAAUUUUAACCAGUUCAGCCUUCUAGCCCUAUUCGAUGGAUUCCUUUUUCGAUCUAUUCGAUCCGACCGCGUCGUCGUCCUCAUCUUCCGGCAGCGGAAUGGGCGACAACAACAACACUAACAAUGAAGACGACGAUUACGGGUCGCUGCUUCCGCUGGAGGCUUUUCUGCUGAAGAAUCAAUCGGGUCAGCAGCCGCAGCCAAUCCCCGAGAGAGCCCUCAACCUGCACCGACAACAGCCAAUGAUGGUUGACCAGCGAUAUUCGCCCUCGUCGCCCACGAUCAUUGAUUUCGAUCUGGAUAUUCUGCCACCCGAGCCGCAACUGGGCAACAUCGAGUACAAACUGAAACUAAUCAAUCCCUCGAAGCAGCGCUUCGAACAUCUGGUGACCCAGAUGAAGUGGCGCCUGCGAGAAGGCAACGGGGAAGCGAUAUACGAAAUCGGCGUCUCCGAUUCGGGUCAGUUGCAUGGGCUGAGCGAAACGGACAUGUCUUGCUCGCUGCACACGCUCAACCAGAUGGCGCGAAAGUUGGGCGCUUCGACGUCGGUUCUGCGAAGAAAAAUGCUCUCAGCCGGACGGUCCGUCGUUGAGGUACUCGUUCGGAAGAUCCCGGACGACCAGCACAACAUUGAAGUGCGCGUCGCCGUACUGGGAGGUGCCGGUGCCGGUAAAUCGACCCUCCUGGGAGUGCUGACACAGGGCGAGUACGACAACGGAAGAGGCCGGGCGCGACUUAACAUGUUCCGUCACAUGCACGAGAUACAAACCGGCCGAACUUCCUGCAUCUCUCACGAGACACUAGGAUUCGAUCAUCAGGGUAACGUAAUCAACUACAAGUACAAUGAGAUGAUGACAGCUGAGGAGAUAAGCGACCGCUCGACAAAGCUGGUCACCUUUAUGGAUUUGGCCGGACACCGUCGCUACCUGAAAACAACUGUCCAAGCACUGUCGGGCUAUUCGCCGCAUCACGCCCUGAUAGUGGUGGCAGCUGGAAGCAAUAUUAGCAAUAUGACCCAUGAGCAUCUGGCCAUUGUUCACGCACUGGAUAUGCCGUUUUCGAUAGUGGUCACCAAGCUAGACCUGGUUCCACCGGAUGACAUCUUGUUCGAGCUGAAAACUCUGCUAACUGCCGUGGGAUAUCGUAAAGUGCCAUACCUGAUUAGCAACGAAGAUGACGUGUUGAACGCGAAUGCACACCAAAGCAUGGAACAAAUUGUUCCGAUUUUCUGUGUAUCGAAUGUCACCGGCGACGGGUUGGACUUGUUGACCAAGUACCUGUACGUUCUGUCGCCCGGUAUAAGCAAUUCCGAAAAGGAACGACUCGAGCAAGAGCCAAUCGAGUUUCAGAUUGACGAAAUUUUUAAAGUAGCCGGCGUUGGACCCGUCGUCGGUGGUUUACUCUGUAUGGGCGUUCUGACGGAAAACAUACAGGUUCGUAUCGGACCCUUGCAAGAUGGAACAUUCUAUCCAAUCACGGUACAAACCAUUCACCGCAAUAAGGCACCAUGUCGAGUGGUACGCGCAGGCCAAAGUGCUUCGCUUUCGUUUUAUUCUACUGAUGAUUUACCACCGCUGCGCAGUGGCAUGGUUAUCCUGCCGGAUUACGACGAAAAUGAAAACGCUUUCGGGUCGUUCUUCUUCCAGGCUCGGGUGUCGGUUCUCUUCCAUGCGACGCGCAUCUACAAAGGCUUCCAGACGACGGUGCACAUCGGUAGCAUCCGGCAGACGGCCAUCAUCGAGGGCAUCAUGGGUGUCGGUACCGAUGGGAUCUCAACCAACCAGACGGCUUCGGUGCUGUUCCGCUUCGUACGCCAUCCGGAGUACGUUCGGCCAGGCAUGCGGAUACUGUUUCGCGAGGGCACCUCCAAGGGUGUCGGCAAGGUGACGCAAGUGUUCCCGCUUAACGUGAAGCUGAACUAAGACUUCGACCUACACGAAGCUGCUGACAAAGUACGCUAGAAAACAGCGUACUCACGAAAGUGUUAAUAUUGUAUGUCACGAUUGGAAAUGAAAUUUUCCUUAUUGACUUAUGCUCUAUACAGAGAGACAGCGGAAAAAACUGUGAUUUUGUAACUUUUAAAAAGUCUUGAAUUAUUCAAACGUAAAUUUGCAUUAGUGAUGCUUAAAAUAGUUCGAUGUUUGUUUGAUAGAAUGACGAAUACAUAUAUUAAUAGCAAACUUGUUUUAGUCGGAAAUUCACACAGGCUCAUUUAUCUAACAACAAUAUUGCUCCAAAUCGAUAAAAUUCAUACUUUCAAAUAACUGUUCAAGGAACACUAUCCGAGUUCGAAUAUACAACUGCAAUGAAGUCGUACUUCCUGUGUUGUGAAUGUAACUUAAAGUAAAUAAAUUACCUAACU